AUGAACUCCAAAAGUUUUUUGGUAUUAUUAUUAUUAUUGAUUAUUUUGCAAGUGGAAUGUUUUGAAGAAGUUGAUAAUUAUAUUUUACUGAUUGCCCCACCGGAACGUGGUCAUUUAAAUCCAAUUCUUGAAUUAGCUAAACAAUUAACAUUUAAUGGAACUAAUAAGGAUACUGAAAUACUUGUUAGUGUACCAUCUUUUGCAGAUGUUAAUGUUUCUUCAUGGGUAACUGACGAAGGUCUUAAUUAUCUUGAUGGCGGUAUUGCACAUGAUGUUACUCUUGAUGAUAUGCAUCAAUUCUCAUUAAUGGAUUCACAACAUAUAACAAAUUAUCUCACAUUUAUAUCUCGUAUGGCUCAUCUUUUUCAUAGUUUUAAUCGCGUCGCUUAUGAAACACUUCUUCCUGUUCUUCGCAAAAAACGCAGUAAACCUCGUGUAAUUAUUUUCGAUUUAAAUAUGCUAUGGGCAAUUGACUUAGCUGAACAGCUUGGUUCAAUACCAGCUAUUGUUGUCUGUCCAUUUCUGAUUGAUGCACUCAAUUUACCAAGUAUGACACCACAGUGGCAUACACCAUCUUAUAUUGUUCCUUAUUCACCAUCAAAUUUUGUUGGUCGUAUACAAUUAUUAUUCUAUCGUUUAAUAAUUUUACCUUAUCAAAGGCAUUUUAUAUUUUCUCGUAUUUAUCAACGAAAUUUUAAUUAUGAAUAUUUAAUUAAAAAACAUUAUCUUAGUGUAUUUGUUAGUACUGCACCACCCUUUGAAAUUCCACGUUCAACUAUUAAUCCAGCUAUUCAUUUCUUAGGACCAUUCGUUUAUCAACAUCGUUUACAACCAAUUAAUGACAAUUUACUUUUAUGGCUUAAUGAUAUUGUUCAACAAAAUGAUACAUUGAUUUACAUUAGUUUAGGUUCAAUUGGUGUUCUUACUGAAGAACAAUCGAAUAAACUUAUUUAUGCAUUUAUGAAAUUAAUAGAAACAAAACAUUCAUCUCAAAUACGUGUUCUAUGGGCUCGUGGUAAUACAUUAAAAAGUAAUGAUAGUCGUCUUCGUCUAGAAGGUUUUGUACCACAAAAAACAAUCUUAUCACAUUCCGCUAUGCAACAAGAACGUUCACUUUAUAUAAAUCAUUGUGGUAUGAGUUCUAUGCAUGAAUCUAUUGUAUUUGGUAUUCCACAAAUUGCAUUUCCACUUUUUCUCGAUCAACAUCAAGUAGCUAAACGUAGUGUACAAUUACGUAUGGGUUUAUAUAUUGAUAAAAAUAAUUUUACAUCGAAUGAAUUAAUUGAAAAAAUUCUUCUAAUUUUAAAUAAUCCACAAAUCUAUCGACGUAAUACACAACAAGUUGCAGAUUCAUUUCGUAUAUAUGGUGAUGGUUUAAAACGUGCUCAAAAUAUAAUUGAAUAUAUGAGUAAAUAUGGCCGUGAUAUGCAAAAACAAAUUUUAUCAUAUGAUAAUCAUAUGAAUUGAAAAAGAAAUAAGAAUAUGGCUCAAAGCAAUAUAGAUACUCCAGCAAAUGUCGAUAACGAACUAAUUCUAGUCAAAGAUCGUUAUAAACAAAUCAAAGUAUUAGGUCGUGGCAGUUAUGGUGAAGUGUGGCUUGUUUCACCACUUGAAUCAAGUACUGGUAGUAAAAGUAAACCUCGUCGAUGUGUUCUUAAACGUGUUAGUAUUGCACGUUCAAAUAAUGAAAAAAAUGAACUUGCUGCUGCUGAACGUGAAGCACAAUUACUUUCUUCACUCAAACAUCCAAAUAUCGUUUCAUAUAUUGAAUCAUUUCGUUCCCGUGAUCAUCAUUUAAAUAUUGUUAUGGCUUUUUGUGAAGGUGGAGAUUUGUAUACAAAAAUAAAAUAUCGUAAAAAACAAUUAUUAAAUGAAGAACAAAUUAUUGAAUGGUUUAUACAAAUAACACUUGCUUUACAAUAUAUGCAUGAAAGAUCAAUAUUACAUCGAGAUCUUAAAACACAAAAUAUUUUUUUAACGAAACAAGAAAUUGUUAAAGUUGGUGACUUAGGUAUUGCCAAAAUAUUAGAUAAUAAUGGAGCUGAUUUAGCGACAACUGUGAUUGGUACACCUUAUUAUAUGAGUCCAGAAAUAUUUUCUAAUCAACCAUACGGUCAAAAAUCUGAUAUUUGGGCACUUGGUUGUUGUGUUUAUGAAAUGGCAACAUUAGAACAUGCAUUUAAAGCCGGUGAUAUUAGUUCACUUGUAUUAAAAGUUGUACGAGGUCAAACACCACCACUACCAUCAGCAAAUGUUUAUAGUCAACAAUUAAUUGAAUUAAUCAAUAUUAUGUUAGAUAAAGAUGCAGAAAAUCGACCAGCUGCUAAACAAAUUUUACAACAUCCAUAUAUAAAACAGCAUAUUGCUAGAUUAUAUAAGAAGACACUAGAACGAUGUCAUACAAAUAUAACAACGCCGCCUGUUGAAUCAUCAUUAGUUGUUCAAUCAUCGAAAGAUUCGGAUCAGUCUUCAAUGCCUCCAGUACCUAAGCCACGUGCUUCACAUCUAAUAUCAUCUGAAGAAAGUGUCAACGAAAAACCUAAAUCACCCAUUCCACCAUUAAGUCAAUCACGAGCCCGACGUCUUAAACAGAAAGCAGUACUUCCAUAUGAUGAAACACCUGAAUCUCCUUCGCCAUCUAUUAAUGUUACUCAAGAAGAUGAAGAUGAAGAAAAACAACAACAAUCAAAUAUAAUUAAUAAUCGUUUUAUAGCAAAAAUACGUGAAAAUGAUACACUUGCACGUUUUAAACGACAGUCAUCAUCACCUACUCAUGCAAAUCAAAAUGAUGGUAAUAAUAAUAUAUCUCAUGCUAAUGCAAGUGCUCGUCAACGGCGACGGGAUCAACGUUUUCACUCGACAACAAGUCCCAUAGAAGAAGAUAGUACUCAGCCAAAAACUCCACCUGUAUAUGAUCGUUCUAUAUCUAAUGAUAGUCAAAUAGAUGUUGUUGAACAAGAACGUAAAGCUGAAAAGGAUAUCAAUGAUUUCUUACAUCAACUUGAUGCGACUUUACGUCAACCGGUAUCAUCAUCAGUAUCAUCAACGUUAACAGAAAUUCCUUCAAUGUUUGAUCGUACAAUGAUGGCAACAAAUAAAUUAGAAGAACGACGUGAUGCACUAAGAGAUUAUUGUUUAAAAGAAAUAUCAUCACAGCAAUUAAAACAAGUUCUCGAUAUUUUAGAUCAUGUUGAUAAUGUUGAAUUCAAACAACGAAUGAUUGAAAUUUUAGGAGAAGAUAUCUAUGAAAAAUAUUGUCCACAAAUUCAAAUUUUAAAAUUUUACGAAGAUUCUUUAUUUACUCGACAAUAA